AUGGGCUGGUUCAAGCGCUUCUCCAGGAAGAAGUCGUCGACGCCCAAGAAAAGCGUGGACCUCCGCGUCCCACGCAACGACUACUACGCCCCUGCCACCUACGACUACCAUGGGCCCGACCAAACCACACGCCUGCCCGAGAAGGUGCUGCGGCGCAUCUUCGAGCUAAUCUGUCCGCACGCGACCGACGACACCCUCCAUGGCAGCGAGGACAGCGGCAACGACGGCUGCAUGAGCUGUGACAUGCGCGAUCUGGCACACUGCGCCCUGACUCGACGCUCGUGGUACGGCAUCGCUGCUGGUCUGCUCUACAACAGCAUCCGCAUUGACGCCGUGCACUACUGCGAGCUCGAGGAGAUCUACGCCGACCAGCGCAGGCGCAAGUCGCGCAACGGCGACCAGGAGGACACGCCCACGGCACGCCUGCAGAUGCUGACCAACAGCGUGCGCGGCAACCAGCACCUCGGCCAGCGUGUCCGCUUUGUCAAGCUGCCCUACAUGACACGAGAGUCUUGCAAGGCAGACCUCGCACGCCUCGUGUCCGCCUGCCCCAAUCUCGACUACAUCGACCUCCCCGACGGCUUCUACAACGGCGACCCGUCCUGUCAACUGCUGCGGCAGGAGCUACAGGCGCGCUGUCCACACAUCCAGAAGAUCAAGUACAACGAGGGCGGGGAGCAGUCGCUCGAGUCGCUGCUCCAUGGCUACUGGCAGGAGCUGCGAGUCGUGGAGCUGAACAAGCUGCGCAUCGAGCCGAGCAUACUGAGGCAGGUCUUUGGCAUGCUGCCGCGCUUGAGCGAGCUCACAGUAACCGCCGGUGCCUGGCUGAACGACUCCUUCUUCCACGAUGCACCUGGCCUCCCGCACUUCCCGCCCCUGGAGACGCUGAGGCUGGACAAGGUGCAUGGCCUAACCGCCCAGGGAUUGAUGCAGUACCUGUCCAACCACAUGUGCGCCGCCAGACUGAAGACACUCGUCAUCAAGAACUGUCACGGAAUCACGGUCGCACAUUUGCACCCUAUCCUGCGGGCAGCCUCGAACCUGACCACCCUCGAGUACAACGCCACAGUCACCGCAUCCUUGCCCUUGGAUCCUCUACCCCCUCUGGAGUCCUACACCCUGCGCAAGCUCCACUACGAGAUUGUGGCAAACUCAACCAACCAAAUCUACUCGCCGGGCGCCUCGUACUACCAAUACCUGGCCAAGUCGCUGUUGUCCAACAGCCUUCCCGGACUGCGCCAGCUCUACGUCCAAGACCCCGAGUUCCCAGAAAUCCUCACCUUGGCACCUCCCAUCCGUCCGUUCAGCGAAGCACCGCAACCCAUCUUCAACCAGCCACUCGAGGUGUUUUCAAAGGGCCUUGAUGAGCUGGAAUGGAUCUUCACCUCCAUCAUUCCCCCAGAGGUGGGGGGCCGACGAGCGUCCAUGGCGGGCGGCCGCCCCCUCAGCAGCUACUCUGCACACAAGGGGCUGGGACCUCAAUGGGGCGGCGAUGCACGAAGGAGCAUCGUGGUGCCCAACGGGUUCGGUGGCUUCCUGGCCAUUCCAGCGGAGAACGAUGCAAGACCCAGAAGCGCAGGCAACCCGACCGCAGGUGGCGGCGGCGGCAGCUUCGGCGGCUUUGGUCACAGCCACUCGCACUCGCUCAGCACGAGUCCCGGCGGCCCUGGAGUGCGCGCAAGCUGGAUGACCCACGCAGGACGCGACAAGCGCGCCUCGAGGGCCGAUCUGUGGCGGUAA